UCCGCGCCGCCCCGCCCUCGGCCCGCUCCCUGCUCUCCCAGCCUGCUCGCCGCAGCCCCCGCCGUAGGCGCCGCUGCUCCCGCCGUCACCGCCUCCGAGAAGAUGGCUGUGCCUCCCACAUAUGCUGAUCUUGGCAAGUCUGCCAGGGAUGUCUUCACCAAGGGCUACGGCUUUGGCUUAAUAAAACUUGAUUUGAAAACGAAGUCUGAGAAUGGAUUGGAAUUUACCAGCUCAGGCUCCGCCAACACAGAGACCACCAAAGUGAACGGCAGCCUGGAAACCAAGUACAGAUGGACCGAGUACGGGCUGACGUUUACAGAGAAGUGGAACACAGACAACACCCUGGGCACCGAGAUCACCGUGGAAGACCAGCUCGCGCGUGGACUGAAGCUGACCUUCGAUUCAUCCUUCUCGCCUAACACCGGGAAAAAAAAUGCUAAAAUCAAGACAGGGUACAAGAGGGAGCAUAUCAACCUGGGCUGUGAUGUGGACUUUGACAUCGCCGGGCCCUCGAUCCGUGGCGCUCUGGUGCUUGGCUAUGAGGGCUGGCUGGCUGGCUACCAGAUGAAUUUUGAGACUGCGAAGUCCCGAGUGACCCAGAGCAACUUUGCCGUUGGCUACAAGACAGACGAAUUCCAGCUUCAUACUAAUGUGAAUGAUGGGACAGAGUUUGGUGGCUCCAUUUAUCAGAAGGUGAACAAGAAGUUGGAGACUGCUGUUAAUCUCGCCUGGACAGCAGGAAACAGUAACACUCGCUUUGGAAUAGCAGCCAAGUAUCAGGUCGACCCUGAUGCCUGCUUUUCGGCCAAAGUGAACAACUCUAGCCUGAUCGGCUUAGGGUACACUCAGACUCUAAAGCCAGGUAUCAAACUGACCCUGUCAGCUCUGCUGGAUGGCAAGAAUGUCAAUGCGGGUGGCCACAAGCUUGGUCUAGGACUGGAAUUUCAAGCAUAAAUGAAUAUUGUACAAUCGUUAAUUUUAAACUAUUUUGCAGUAUAGCUACCUUCAGAAUUUAGUGUACCUUUUAAUGUUGUAUGUUGGGGAUGCGAGAAUUGAUAAGUACCACGUUAGAUCUCCAGGCUAAGGAUGACUCGGCUUUAAGGUGUUUACCAUUUCAGAGGUACAGCAAAAACCCCAUUCCUGAAAGGGUCCUUUUAGCUGUAGACGUGGGCUGGGGAGGAGCCCCUCUAGAGAUGUCAGGCCCCAGGUGGAAGCUGGGGAUGUGCGGGUCCUUUGUCAAUCUGUAGAGUCCACAGAUGAAAUUGUGACUUCCCGAGCACUGGUGUCCCGAUCCUAGCUGCUGAGAAGCAUGCACACACCUGUGUGAAAGGGACUGUUUUAGACAGAUCUCCGUGCCCUCUUCCCAUCCUAGCCCAUCAGUUACCUGUUUUACACCAAAAGUACUCUUCUGGUUAGCUAUUUCUUUUGUGCCAUUUUAGGGUGGAGAGGGUGGGCGUGAUGGAGCCAGUCAUUCAGGACUUAAUUCUUCCUUGUGGUGUGGUUUUCUCUUUCUUUCUUCCUCUCUCUCUCUCUCUCUCUCUCUCUCUCUCUCUCUCUUUUUUUUUUUUGCCAUCGCACCAGAGUAUGAAACAGCUUCCGGGAUCUCCAGCUUCAAGCUGUGCAGGUGAUUGUGGUCACACCAUGACAACACUGGGGAUCUAAAUGACCACUGUUAGAACCUCACCACUCUAUUUUUUAGCAGUUUAAUGGGUACAUUAUAGAGUCUUCCAUUUUGUGUGGAAUUAGCUCCUCCCCUUCAAAUGCUGUAAUUAACAUCACUUAAAAUAAAACUUGAAUAAAAUAUUGAAA